CCAAUCACAACACGCAAGAAAUGAGGUGGGCGUGUGCAUCAUGUGGAGCAGCUGGCAGACUCUCCUGAACACUGAGUGUGUUUGGAGUUUGACCACACGGAGUCAGCGGACAAGGGAAACUUGGCCAAAACGAAAGAGAAGAAUGACUUGGGACACUAAAUAGUACAAGAGAGAGAUAUUUCUGCAAGCCUUAACACUCGGAGGAUUGAAAAUAAACAGACAUGGAGCCAUUGCAAACUGGCAACUCGGCGGCACCAAAACCCGCCCCCUCAUCUCCCCCCAGCUUGCGGCCUGGCUCUACCUCAUCCAGUUCAUCUCCUACUACAAUCACACCAACAUCAGACCGCUUGAAGCCUAAACUCACAAUGCCUACGUCUCCAGCCACGCCCUCGUCUUCUACCUCCACUACCUCUCCUCGUGCCUCUCCCGGUCUUUCCUCACGUUCUUCUUCUCUGUCCACGCCACCUGCAUCCCCUCUCCGCCAGCCCAUUAGGAGCCAGUCUCUGUUGGGCAGAUCUCAGCUUAACGCAACCUCCACAGGAAGCUCCCCAAAUGGAUCCACAGCUACCAAGGCUCCGCCGCCCCCUCCCACACCUGAACCAGAAGAGCCAGAAGAGGAGGUCAGUUUUGAAGAUCUGGAGGAGAGAGCAAAGUCAGGAGAUGCCAAAGCACAGUCCAAGAUGGGGCGUUACUUCCUGGCACUGGCAGAAGAACGAGAUGAGGAGCUGAACAACUGCACAGCGGUCACUUGGCUCGUCCAGGCUGCUAAACAAGGUCGUAAGGAUGCUGUGAAAUUGCUGCAGCAGUGCUUAGCCUCCAGGAAAGGCAUCACUCUGGAGAACUUUGAGGAGGUGAAGAAGUUGUGCACAGAGACGCGUUUCGAGAGGGGAGUCAGGAAAGCGGCUCUGCUGAUGUACUGGAAGUUAAACCCAGAGAGGAAGAAGUCUGUGGCUGUUUCUGAGAUGUUAGAGAAUGUUGAACAUGUUCACACAGAUCCGGGUAAACCCAUCUCUCCAGGUCCACUCAACAGUUCUGCCAAGAAACAGAGGAGAGUCCUGGAGUCUCUGGUCACCAGUGAGGCCUCCUCUCAUGUGGGUCUUGACGACUUUGUUGAGAUGACUAAGAAAUACGCUCAGGGUGUUGCACCUUCACCUGUCAUGGCUACAGCGGGAGGCGAUGAUGAUGACGACGAUGAUGUUGUAGUGAAGAAUCCAGACGAGUUGCCCUUACACCAAAAGCUGUUGAAGUUCCCUCUGUUCGCUCUGCUGGAGAUUAAGGAGCACCUCAUCGACUGGGCGUCGCGGGCUGGCAUGCAGUGGCUCAGUGCUCUGAUCCCCACACACCACGUCAAUGCACUCAUCUUCUUCUUUAUCAUCUCCAACCUCACCAUCGAGUUUUUCAUCUUCCUCAUCCCUCUGCUGGUUUUCUACCUCUCUUUCUUCUCCAUGGUCAUCUGCACACUGCGAGUGUUUCAGAAUUCAAAAGCCUGGGAGAACUUUCGGGCCAUGACAGACCUGCUCUCUCACUUUGAACCUGGUCUGGAUCUAGAGCAGGCUGAGACCAACUUUGGAUGGACACACUUGGAGCCUUACUUGUACUUCCUCCUCUCGGUGAUCUUUGUGGUCUUCUCCUUCCCCGUGGCUGAUAAAUCCUGGAUCCCCUGCUCUGAGCUGGCUGCCGUCGCUCUCUUCUUCACAGUCACUGCCUUCCUCAGCCUUCACGCCUCGGCUCAGCUGUUUGCUCGUAAAGCUCUCCUCACAGAAGUCCUCUCCGGGGCUUGCUCCUUCACAUACAUCCUGCCAGACUCGCUCUGGUUCCUCAAGCUGCUUGGGAUGACGUUCAUCAAAGUGCCUCUGGGAGACAUGGUGGCGUUGAACCUUGGGAUGCCGUGGCUGCUGUACGGACACCUUUUCUAUCUCCUCUUCCGUAUGGCUCAGAUGAGAGGCUUUAAGGGAACUUACCUGUGUCUGGUGCCCUACCUGGUCUGCUUCACCUGGUGUGAGCUCUGCCUGGUGUUCCUUAACAAUGCCACUGCAAUAGGUCUCAUCCGCACCUGUGUUGGCUACUUCCUCUUCCUGUUUGCCCUUCCUGUUCUCUCUCUUGGCAUGGCUGCAAUGUUCAUCAUCCAGUUGCUGCAGUGGUUUCUGGCCCUGGAGUUGACAAAGAUGGUGGUCACACUGACGAUUUGCUUCGUGCCUGUAGUGUUGAGGCUUUGGACCCGCUUCAGCCUGAACCCCAUCAUGGUGUUUCGCUCCUUGUCCGGUAGCAGCGUUGUCAAACUCAUACUUGUGUGGCUCAGUGCAGUGGUGCUCUUCUGCUGGAUGUACGUCUACCGAUCUGAGGGUAUGAAGGUGUAUAACUCCACCCUGUCAUGGCCCGAGUACAGCAACCUAUGCGGUCCUCUGGCCUGGAGAGACUCCAACAUGGCUCAGACUCAGAUUCUGUGCUCUCACUUGGAAGGACAUCGCGUCACCUGGACAGGACGCUUCAAAUACGUGCGAGUGACCGACAUCGAGAACGGACCACACUCUGUGAUCAACCUGCUGCCGGUGUUUAUGGGGAACUGGAUGCGUUGCCUGUACGGAGAGCCGUAUCCUUUAUGUGAGGAAGAGAAAAAUGCCACUACCAAGCCUCAACCUUUGCCUGCCCCAGCCCCCCCACAGGAAGAUCCUCUCUGUAAGCUAAAAAGACUGGCCAAACACGAGUGUCACAUCAAACGCUUUGACCGAUACAAAUUCGAGGUGACAAUGGGAAUGCCUCUGGAGAGGAAGACGAAGGAUGGGACGAUCAUAGAGGAUGAAGAUGCCACGAAGGACAUAGUUCUGCGAGCGAGUAACGAGUUCAAGUCUGUGCUUUUACACUUAAACACAGGAAGUGUGGUGGAGUUCAGCACCAUACUGGAGGGCCGUUUAGGCUCCAAGUGGCCUGUGUUUGAACUUAAAGCCAUAGAUUGCUUGUCCUGCAAAGACGCUAACAUCACGAGUCGCAAGCAGUACAAGAUUGAGCACGACUGGAGGCGCACGGCUCAGAGUGCUCUGCAGUUUGGUUUUGACUUCUUUCUUAACCCCUUCCUGACGGCUCAGCUGGAGCAGCACUCAGAGGCUGGAACAGAGACCGAGGCACAGGUAGAGGGGUAGACACACAGAGAGAGAGAGGGAGAGAGCUGUAGCAAACCCACCUGUGGGAGAAACAAGGAGCCCCAUGAGACUAUCUCCAGCUGGAGAACUUUUAUCUUUGUACUGCACUGUUUUUACAGAAGUACAGUUACUCAAACUGAGGCAGCACAGAUGCUCGGACAAUUGUAGCAUUAGUCUGAACUCGAGCAAGAGUGUGUGUUUGCAAUCUUUUAGUCUAAGAGCCAAAAUGUACGGUGGCCCUGAGAGCUCACAGCACUGCAACUUUGGAAAACACAUGCAAAAAGACAAAACACAAGCAAAUGAAGAAACCAUCUUCAUCAAUUUGACAACACAUGGCAGCAUUUAGAAAACGCGUUGCAAAGACCACAACACAACACAUUAGAAAAACACACUGCAAAGACCACAACACAACACAUUAGAAAAACGUACUGCAAAUACCACAACACAACACAUUAGAAAAACACACUGCAAAGACCACAACACAACACAUUAGAAAAACACACUGCAAAGACCACAACACAACACAUUAGAAAAACACACUGCAAAGACCACAACACAUAAGAAAAACACACUGAAAAGACCACAACACAACACAUUAGAAAAACACACUGCAAAGACCACAACACAUUAGAAAAACACACUGCAAAGACCACAACACAACACAUUAGAGAAACACACUGCAAACCCCACAACACAACACAUUAGAAAAACACACUGCAAAGACCACAACACAUUAGAAAAACACACUGCAAAGACCACAACACAACACAUUAGAAAAACACACUGCAAAGACCACAACACAACACAUUAGAAAAACACACUGCAAAGACCACAACACAU